UGUUUCCAAAUAGCACUACUCUCUGUUGCUAUGCGCAUAGAGGCCUUGUUGGGAUUCACCAAUUCCAUAUUCAGUCUUUAUCUGUUUCCUCAGGUACGUGAGUUUAUUUAUCAGCAUUCCAUGUUCUUGAAGCAUAUAUGGAUCUCCUAUUGACUGAUAAUGAAAAAAACACAAGAUGGAUACAUGUUGAGACUGGAUCCACCACGGGUGAUUCUUUUACAUGAAUGGCUCUUGCCAAGAACGCGACCCAAUUGAAUACCCUUAGUAGCAAAUAUUUGGUUCUCGUUGGACUCUUUAAUAAACUCGUUUAUGGAUGGGAGAUGCCAGUAUGCGACUGAGAGUUUUCCACCUGUGAUAACUUAAGGUCAUGUUUGACAAUCUACAAGCUACAGAUCACCACGUGAACCUCUCUGACAAUCUUGAGUUCAAACUCUCUGUUCAGGUAUCACCAAGUGAACCAAUCGAGAGCAUCAUGAUGCCACUAAAAGCAGCUAAGCCUUUACUUGGUACCCUUCACUUGAAGAAAGUGGUUAUGCGCUUCUUUUGGGAUCAAGUUGUGCCUAUUGUAGAUGACUGGGGCAGCUGUGUGGGAGCAUUGCAUCGUGAAGACUGCACCGAGUUGAAUGCCCCCCUGAUGACAAUGAUGAGAAGCCCCCCACCUUGUGUUACAACCACGACGUCUAUUGGCCAUGUGGUUGAUCUAAUUUUAGAAAAGAUGUAUAGAAUGGUUGUUGUUGUAAAAUAUAGUAAUUUAAAUAGUUCUACUAACGGCUCAGGUUCUAAAACUGUUUGAGUUUUUACAGCUGAACAAUUGUUUAAACUUGUUGUGCCUGUACAACGGCCAUUGGAGCAAGAAAGAACUCUUGGUAGAAGAUGGUGUGAAAAUUUUGAUACAUAAUUGUAUUUGUUACUCGACUGAA